AUGGCCAGUAGCACUACGUCCGUGUCGAGCCUACCUCAAAAACGCCCCAACAACCACCAUGACGACCACAACCAAUACCUCCAGUUCAGCCGACCCUCCGAGGGCUACAUAAGCCACGAGCCCCCGACUGCUGGAGCGAUAAUGACGAGUGCUGGCCCACCCAAUAGCGUCACUACAGCUGUUAGCUCGUGCGUAACGACAAUGGCAAAUAUUGCUGAUGUUGCCAACAGCGUCACGGACGCGACCAGCUCGGUGGCGGCAGCGACGGCCAGUCUCGCCUCUGUGGCUGUGACAAACUCGGCAACUACUUCAAAGUCGACUCAUAUAUCAAGCUCUACGUCGUCUACGAGAGCCAUAUGCAGCACCGGCCUCAGUAUUGAUACUUCGUUAACCAGCACUGACACCGUGACUUUGUCGCUUACCCUCACGACCUUAAACAUCUCACCCGACCGAGAAUCAUUCACCCAGCUUAACAUGCACCAAUGUCUUGCUCGUGUCAGACACCGCAACUACCGUAGCGCAAACAACGAGGACGCCAGCGACGACCGCCACAGCCUCUACAACCGCUGGACCAUCAGUCCUGACAAUGACCGGCCUCGAGCUCCGCCACUUUAA